UACCAGCGUCAAGCGGUUGCUCCACGGGCUCUCGCUGGUUUCGAUGACUCCGAGGCGCAACAUUUCGUCCACCUCGGCAAACAACAGCUCUUGCACCGCGGGAGAUACCGGUUAGAAUCGCUCCUUUACGGGUACGGCUCCCUCGAUUAAUUGAAUUUCGUGCCUUUCGAGCGUCGUUCUUCCCAAACCAUGCGUGUCGAAUGCCCUGAAGUUGCUCUUCACCUGGUCCAGACGUGUCUGCUGCGUGUGCGUCAACUCGUGCGGUUCCGUUGGUCUACUCCUAGUCAGCACCUCAGCAUCAAUUUCGGCUAAUUCCUUGUGUCGUUCUAGGCCUACUAUAUGCGGAGACAGAAAAAACUUCCGCCAGAAAUCGACCCCUAGGUACAGCGGUUGUUGCAGCGAGGGACACAGGAACAACUCCAUAGUCUGCUUCUGGCCUCCAUACGUCAUUACCGUCGACACAUGUCCCAGUAUUUUAUGAGGAGUGCCGCCUGCUUUCCAGGCCACCUUUCCCCAGAAGGCUCACCGAUGCCCCUGUAUCCAGUAGUCCCAUGCGAAUGGUCUGUCAUCCUGACGAAUUGCCGAGUGGACUGCAGCACACACCUGGAGCCGCCUUCUCUUGCGCCCCUGAAACCUGUCCCGAGCCCGCUGUGCUCUGACUGCUCCCGUUCGGAUACUCUCAUCGAGUUCGUCCCCCAUUAUCCGAUUCCUGGUCUGUUCGUACUGCCGCUGUCUCUCCUUUAUCGGCUUGCGCUCGGACCAUCUAGCUUCGGGGGUAUCUAAUUUAACGUUGGAGGGCCUAUCUAUUGGCUGCUUCGCGGCGACGUGGAACUCGACUCCUCCAAUUGCGUCGUGCUCCUUUUCGCGUUUCCCGGCCGACAUUUAGGGCAUUUAGGGAGGAUGACCCCGGCCAGCCCGCACUUGUACCAGAACAGGUUACGCACGGCCGACUCACACUCAAAAUAGGUGUGACCCGGCUGAGCGCAAUUCCAGCACUUUAGCUGGGUGCGGUCGCCUCCGGAUUCCCUCGUCCUAUGGACAGCAUCCAAUGCCUCGGUCUGUUCCUCCGGGUCGU